AUGCAUCGUUUUUUGCGUGUGACUAACCUCAUUCCCAGCGGCUCACCCUCCUGGUCAAUGUUAUCAACACUACACGCGGUGCACGAGAUGAGGGCGUGGAUCCCGUGCUCGUUGCUGUCGGUGUCCAUGGUCCCGUUUGCCACCCUAUCCCUCGGCGUCGGCGCCAUUUCGUGGGUGACGCCAAAGGACGUGUUUUUGACGCUCGACCACCACCUCUACGAAGCCUACAUGCGGCUGUGUCUCUUCGUUUUCGAGAAUUGGUCAAGUGUACAGAUUUCUCUCUACGGCGAUGUCGAACCAUUGAAGAGCGCACGAGAAAGAGCGGUGAUAAUGUCGAAUCAUCAGUCUAAUGUCGACUGGGCGGUGAUCAUGGGCCUGGCUGCACGGCAGAAGGCCAACGAGCGCGGCUUCCGCGUCAUGGUCAAGCACGCCAUCCACUAUGUGCCCCUGUUUGGGUGGUACAUCUUUCAACAUGGCUACAUCUACGUGCGUCGAUUCGGGGAGUUUGUCAGCACGCCUGUGCGCAGGCAGCUGCAUUUUUUGGAUGGUUUACCGGAGCCCUAUUGGCUGCUCAUUUUCCCGGAAGGCACGAGAUUCACAGCCAGAAAGCCGAAGCUGAUCGAGGCGAGCCAGCAAUUCUGCGAGAAAGAGGGAAUGCCAAAACUCUCUCACGUACUAGCGCCUCGCGUCGGCGGACUGCACCUCGCCCGGGAGCACCUGAAAAGCCUGGACGCCGUCUACGAUGUUACGAUAGGAUAUGGGCAAACCAGGCUUCCCGGUCGUGCCGGAAUCGCUCCCGGAAUGUUUGAGUACGUUUGCGGAGCCAAGGCGCGUCGUCUAUGUGUCCAUAUUAAAAGAUUUCCGGUCUCCGAGGUGCCCACCGACAAGCAGGCAUUGAAGGCGUGGCUUUAUCAACGAUACCAAGAGAAAGACAGGUUACUGACGCAAUUCCAAGAAACGGGCGAAUUCCCGGAUGUCGUUUCUGCCGACGAGCCCACCCUCUCCAUAGCUAAAACGCUGCCCUCGACGAUAUUCUUUGUGGCGGCGCUGGCGGCCCCGUUCUUUUCGACAAAGGUCCGUACCACGUACCUGUGCACAAUGGCCUCGUUCCCGUUGCUGAUCGGAUGGCUACACCUGCGGAAAUGUGUC